AAACCAACAGGUUACCGUUGAUGACGUCUGGAAAAGAAAAACAGGAAAUUCUGUAGAACCGAAAAAGUUCCAGACAUUUUCGAGUCAAAAGGUGGGUAUUAUAUACGAGUAACAUCGGCUUUCGCAGCUGUAGUCAGUCAGUUCUCGCGCGCCGUUGUCGAUGAAGAAGAUGUGAGUUGGCCCGUCGCCGGGGUUUCGAUGGCUUCCGUUGAAAGCAAUAAGGGGAGUUUGCAGGAGGACAGCUAUGAAGGGGCCGUCGGAGGAGAGCUGUCCGUCUGCGCCCUGGCGAUGAUGGGGAAGGAACGGGAAUCCCUCCUGAGCCCUUCGGAGAGCCCUUGCACCUUCAUCAGCGGCUCCUCCACCAGCCUCCAGACCCCUGCGGCCCUCCAGGGCUACGAUGUGGAGUUCGACCCCCCGCUAGAGAGCAAAUACGAGUGCCCCAUCUGCCUCAUGGCUUUGAGGAACGCCAUUCAAACGCCCUGUGGUCACCGCUUCUGCAAGCACUGCAUUGAGAAGUCCAUCCGUGAUACGGGUCAGAGGUGCCCCGUGGACAACGAGAGGCUGCUAGAAGACCAGCUGUUCCCUGAUAACUUCGCCAAACGUGAGAUUCUAUCGCUAACCGUCCGCUGUCCCAACUCCGACUGUGCUGACAAAAUGGAGCUCCGGCAUUUAGAGAAUCACAUGGAGCGGUGUCGGUUUGCCACUGUGCCUUGCUCACUGUGCCAGCAGUCGGUGAGAAAGAGCCGCCUCGAGGAGCACCAAACCGCCGAGUGCCAAAAGAGACCCCUGUCCUGUCCAGAUUGUUUGGCGGGCUUUUGCUACGACGAGAGCGAGCUUCAUCAGCAGCGGUGUCCCUUCGCCAACGUCAAGUGCCUGUACUGCGAGAUGGAUCUCAUCAGAGACCAGAUUGAAUCUCACUGUAACACAGAUUGUCCGAAAGCACCCAUUGCCUGCAACUUCAGCCCCUUUGGAUGCAAGGAGAGGAUGCAGCGCCACAACCUGGCUCAGCACAUGCAGGAGUUCACGCAGAUGCACAUGCGCUUCUUGGCAGAGUUCCUGCACGGCUUGAGCCUCAACGGCACCACACCCAAGUCCCUGUGGGCGCCGGCGCCCUACGUUUCCCCAGAGGAUCAAGGGGCUGCGGCAGUAUCUGGCGCGGCCUGCAGUGGGCCCAAAGCAGCUGCCAGCAGCAGCAGCAGCAACAGCUGUGCGCCGAGUCAGCCCAUUGAGGAGAUCCAGAGGCUGAGGGAGAUGGAUGGACGGCUGGUAAAGCAGGACCACCAGCUGCGGGAGCUCAUCAUCCUAAAGGAAACGCAGGCUGGCCAGCUCGCUGACCUCAGGCGCCGCGUGGCGCAGCUGGAGGACACCGUGAAGGAACUGGAGUCGCAGCAGUGCAACGGCAUCUUCAUCUGGCGCCUCAGAAGCUUCUCCGCCCACCUGCGCAACCAGGAGGCGGGCCAGCCGGUGGUGGAGCACAGCCCCGGCUUCUACACGGGCCGCCCGGGCUACAAGCUGUGCCUGCGCUUACACCUGCAGACCCCCAACGCGCCGCGCUGCUCCAACUUCAUCUCCCUCUUCGUCCACACCAUGCAAGGAGCGUUCGACGGGCAGCUGAGCUGGCCCUUCCAGGGCACCAUCCGCCUCGCCAUCCUGGACCAGGGCCCCGAGGCUCAGCACCACGUCGAGGUGAUGGAGACCAAGCCGGACCUGCAGGCCUUCCAGAAGCCGCUCAUCCAGCGCAACCCCAAAGGUUUUGGCUACGUCACCUUUCUGCACCUGCAUCAGCUGACUCAGAGAGCCUAUGUUAAAGAUGACACUCUGCUCAUCCGCUGCGAGGUGACGCCGCGAUUUGACAAUGUGCUUCAGCGCGACGGACCGACCGUGCAGCCCAGGGGACCCGAGGCCUCGGUUUCAAGGGACUGAAGUCAAACUCGUACUUGCGUAAAUACUGCUCGGUUCAUUUUAAAUCAUGCACGUCGGGAGGAGAGGAGUUGAUGUUCAUUUUAAAUGUGGACAGUAUCCUCGUAUUUAUUUGUCCACCACCUUUUAAAAUGUCUGUGCAAUUUGUUUUUAAUCAAUAAAAACAGAACAAUGCUUUUUAAUGUGAUUUAGCCAGUUACAUUUUUUAAAUGUUUUUAACUCCCUCGCAGACAGCGCAGAAUUUUAAAGGUGCUGCAUUUCAAAUUCUGUGUGUUGUUAUAAUAUUGGAGCGGACAGUCAUUUGUCAUGUAAAGAAGUGAACAAAGAAUGUUUUUAAUCUGAAUUUAUUUAACCAUAAAUUAAGCCUUUCAGG